GAAUUGUGAUUAACACAACCAAUCAAUUAUAUAUUAGACCACAUUUCAAAUGCGUUAUUCCGGCUGACAGAUAUAUAGAUACCAUAUGUUCUGAAUUUGUAAUAAAUAGUCAAACCAGUGUUACAUCAAAUAACUUAUAAUCAUCACGACUUUUUAUAUAAAAAUAUAUCAGAGACGAUAUUUUAAUUGCGACUCAUAAAUUGACCUUAAUCAUUCUUCAAAAGAAAUAUUGUACAUUUUAUUUAUAUUAGUAAUAAUGAAUUAAAACAUGAAUACAAUUAGAGUAUUUUAUAAUAACAAGCAAAUCUUUUUAAUAGGUAAUGAUAUAUUCAUAUUAAAAAUGACAACUGAAAUUAACCUUUUUCCAGAAAAAAUAUUUACCGGAUCAUAUAUAAUUAAACCCUGUAGAUUCUCAAUCUGGAUGGAAAAUGAGGAAUAUACAAUGGAAUGUAUUUAUAGAAAAUGUAGACGUCUAAAGAUAAAAAAUCAUGGGACAUAAAAUGGUACAAUGCAUCUAUCAUACAUGGUCACAUAUACAAACACAACUGAGUCUAUACACACACAAACCCUUCACAUCCCCAGCUAUCUCUAUCUAUCUAUCGACAACUAUAUAUAAAGAAAACACAAUAUGUUCAAUAUCUUAUUAUUUAAAAGUUGAUCAUCCUCUAAAAAUUUCUCAAACAAAACCAACUUGACAACCGACAGCGACCGAAAUCAAAAAAGUUCUCUUCUUCUCUCAUCAACCAAUAUAUACGAAUCCACAAUUUUUCAUUCACAUAACGAGAGCUAGAUAGAGAAGAAGGAGUGAGAACAAGAGAAUAAGACGAAGAAGAAGAUAUCAGAGAUGAGAUCAGCGGUGCAGAUCCAACAGAGCUCCGACGCCCCCAACGGCUUCCACACGCUGCAGCCACACGACCAAACCGAUGGUCUGAUCAGACGAGUGUGUCUCACGCGCGGUAUGCAUGUGCCUGAGCACGUGGCGAUGCACCACACGUACGACGUUGGUCCGGAUCAGUGCUGCUCCUCGGUGGUGAAGACGAUCCACGCGCCACCCGAGUCCGUCUGGUCCCUCCUGCGUCGUUUCGAUAACCCUAGAGCUUACAAGAACUUCAUCAGGCAGUGCCGUAUCAUGCAAGGCGACGGGCUACACGCCGGAGAUCUCCGGGAAGUCAUGGUCGUGUCGGGACUCCCUGCUGUCUCGAGCACCGAGAGGCUUGAGAUCCUGGACGAGGAGCGUCACGUGAUAAGCUUUAGCGUCGUGGGUGGGGACCACCGGCUCGAGAACUACCGAUCGGUGACGACACUGCAUGCGUCGGAUGACGAAGGAACCGUCGUGGUGGAGUCUUAUAUCGUCGAUAUACCGCCGGGAAACACGGAGGAGGAGACUGUUAGCUUCGUUGAUACUAUAGUCCGGUGCAAUCUUCAGUCUCUGGCUAGAAGUACCAACCGGCAAUAAUCAUGUUUUUUAUAUUGUUGCAAUUAUGUAUCUAUUUUUCUCUCUUUUUAUAUUUUAUUUGGAUGGCAAGGAUAAAAAUUUCGAGUGCCUAUUUUUUAAUAUAAGUAUGGUUUAGAAAUAAUUGAAAUUUGUUUGAGACUUGGUAGCAAUAUCGACAUAUACCACAUAUUUCGAGGGGUUCGCACCGUUGGUACAUAAUAACAUUUGUGAGUUGAUAAUAUGUUAAAUAAUUUGUGUUUAAUUUAUGAUUUCUUUUUCAUUAAUGUCUUCACCGUUUUUGUUGUAUGUAAGUGUUAACAUGAUAUACUUGUACUUUUCGCAAAAAAAAUGUAUAAUCUUAAGGCCGAUGUUAGUAUAAUCUUAAAGCCGAUAUUCUGAACUAGGAAUCAAUUUGAUUACAGAAGUUACAUCUGCCGUGUGUCUGUUUUGACUAAAUACAUUGAUAAAUAUUAAAUUGUCUACAAAAAGCCUGGGUAUUCUGGCAAAAAAACAACUUUUGACCAAAAAACAGUAUACAUUAUUCUCGUAAGAUCAUAUGUAUUCAAGAUGAAAAGAAUCGUAUUUGAAAAGAUCAUAUAGAAGGGAAUAUAGUUUUGGUUUGACAAAAAAAGAAGAAGGGAAUAUAGUUUAAACCUGAUUACCAUGUUCAUAUAAUUAUUUAUUAGAACAAAAGCAAAGACUGACGUGCUUAAACUAUUGCCAACUUGAGUUUCAUUGGCUACUAGUCUGGUCAAGUUGGGAUUAUCUUAUUCUAUUCCGUUUGUGUUUCCUUAGUUAAUUACAACCAACCAACCUAGUGGUUCAUAUUUUAUUCAAAUUUAAGUUCUUUGGUCUACUAAUUUUUUUUUGUUAUAUGGGGUUACUUUAAUUCGUUUGAUUCAAAGUUUUAUUCAAGUAAGAAGGUUCUAAAAGGACAUGCAAAAAUAAAACUUAGCUGGAAACGCGUGGCAACGUGAUAGUUCUUAUUCCCCUAGUGGGAAAUGAUACAAAGAACCUGUAUAUUCAAUUUAUUUUUACGAACACAAGGAUUAAAAGAACAAAUUAUCAACUCAUAGCUUUCCGCUUUCAGUCAAAAAACUCAUAGCUUUCCGCUGCAAACACCCAAAUUAUUCCUUCUCUAGAAGUCUACAACGAUUUGAAUUAUAGAACACACACAAAAUGGUCAUACAUCAAUAACAUAAGAGUAACUUUCUUAAAUGCAAUGGAUAUCAGGGUGUCGUGCCUUUUCUUAUAACCUAAAUGAUCUCGUUGUUCUUACAAAUCUAGACAUGGAAACUAACAAACAUGUGUACAUACUUAAAUUGUUUAAUGAAUCGGGUAAGGACUAUAAAAUUUUGUCGUGUAAUAAUAUUUAAGUGCCGAGAGUAUUUUGAAAUCAAGCCGAAAUAGAUAUCUUCUAUUAAUGGGCUUUUGAAAGCUGCACAAAAAGGGCUUUUGAAGAAACCGAGAAAAUACGAUUCAAUUGGUAGCCGGUUCAGUAUUUAAUUUUGGUUCGCUUCUAGUUUUUGAGAAGUACGUGGGAUCAUAUUGUUCUAAAGAUUAUGGAAAAUCAAUAAAAUGAUUCCCACUUUUUCAUUUAAACCUUUUGUACACUCCAAAAGCAACUAAAUUGUGAAUCCUUAUGAAAACCUUAUGAGUUCAAGUUACCUAAUGUUCAAUUCACACUGUGUGAAUACAAUUUCUACAAAUCCACUUGACAAAACGUAUAUAAAUUUUCCAAAACAUGAUAUUAUCUUUUCUUGGAAAAGUUUUUUACUUGUGAAAAAAACACUUGAGAUCAUCCUAGUUAAAUCUUUACUUUAAAUAAUUUUCACUAUAUUUUUAUAAUCCACCCUUCAAUCCAUAUAAUUGUUUUAAGGAAAAAAUUUAAUAAACCUUUCAUAGAAUUAACAUUAACUAUAUAACUUAACCACACAUUACAUUGAAUCAUUUGUGAAAUUUUGAAACUCGUAAACAAAAAAAAUCAAAAUCUGAAAUCUGACCGUAAAGAUUUACCAACAUGCAUCUCUAUUUUUAUUUUUUUAAGUUCUAAACUUUGUUAAAAUACUUUUUGAUAAUUACAUUUUUUUCUAAAAAACCAAUUAAUCAAACAUUACUUAAACAAACAUUGAAGUCCGUAAUCCUUAGAUUUUUCUCUUCAUUUUCUAUUGCUAUUUCUCAUACGUUGAUCAAAUAUUGUGGCUUAAUAGAUAGAAUCUCUCGUAGCAUCAAUCUUUGAUGAUUCAUUAAUCCGCUCCAUAACCAACUUUUAUUUUUCUACAAUCUAGCCAUGCAAAUUAACAAACAUACAUACAUAUUGCAAUGUUAUAAAUUUGGUGAAAUUUAAUGGAAAUUUAAGGAAUGAAAUUUAACAAAUUUGUGUCUUGCUAGCUAAUUUGUAUAUUCUAUACUUAUACAUCUUCAAUUUUACUUGUAAAUUUUAAACGUUGUUUGAAUAAUUUUUUAUAUUUACAUUUUUGAAAAAAAAAAUUGAUUAAGCAUCACUUAGCCAAACAUUGAAGUCUGUAAUCUUUAGAAAUUUCUCACAUGUUCUAUUGUUGUUUCUCAUACGAUGAUCAAACAUCGUAACCAUCAAACCUAAUAACUAUAUAAAAACAUCAUCUAACUCAAAAUCAAUAUUCGAUGAUUUUUUAUACAAAUCUAGUCAUGCAAACUAAUAAACAUACAUACAUAUUUCUAAAAUACUUAUGUUUAAUCAAAAUUGUUGGAUAAAUAUAUGAUUCAAUUAUCAAUCAAUCGAACCAUUUAAACAAAAAAAAAUCAUUAUAUUUUUAACAUAUAAACAAGUAAUAACAUUAAUAAUUUGUAACCAUCAAACCUAAUAACCAUAUAAAAACAUCAUCUACCACAAAAUCAAUAUUUGAUGAUUCUUUAAUCCGCUCCAUAAUCAAUUUUGAUUUUUCUACAAAUCUAGUCAUACAAACUAUUUUUUGCAACUAAUAUUUAUAUCGUCAGAGAUUCUUUGUUUAUUUAACACUACAAUACGUAUUAGAGAGAAAUAAGCGGGGAAAAACAAAACUGAAAACUUUUUUUAUGGAGUAAUACAAAUGGAUUAAUAGGUUGACAAACAAACAAAAUAUAAUGGAUUAAUAAAAUACUUGAGCGCAAAUUCUGCGAUAAAAAACUGAAUUCGAUUGAUAAAAUAUUGAGCUUUGUUCUACAGUCCAUACUCAAUAAAUAUACAUACAUAUUUCUAAAACACUUAAAAAUUUUAAUCAAAAUUGUUGGAUAAAGAUAUGAUUAUUAUCAAUCAAACAAUUUAAACAAAAAAAAUCAUUAUAUUCUUAACAUAAUAAACAAGUAAUAACAUUAGCAAUUUGUAUCCAUCAAACCUAAUAACUAUAUAAAAACAUCAUCUACCUCAAAAUUAAUAUUUGAUGAUUCUUUAAUCCGCUUCAUAAUCAACUUUGUUUUUUUUCUACAAAUCUUGUCAUGCAAACUAAUAAACAUACAUACAUAUAUCUAAAAUACUUAAAAUGUUUAAUCAAAAUUGUAAGAUAAAGAUAUGAUUCAAUUAUCAAUCAAUCAAAUCAUUUAAACAAAAAAAACUUAUUAUAUUUUUAACAUAAUAAACAAGUAAUGACAUUAGAAAUUUGUAACCAUCAAACCUAAUAACUAUAUAAAAACAUCAUCUGCCUCAAAAUCUAUAUUUGAUGAUUCUGUAAUCCGUUCCAUAAUCAACGUUGAUUUUUUGUACAAUAUCUAGUCAUGCAAACUAAUGAACAUACAAAUAUUUCUAUAAAACUUAAAAUGUUUAAUCAAAAUUAUUGGAUAAAGAUAUGACUCAAUUAUCAAUAAAUCAAAACAUUUAAGAACAAAAAUUAUUAUAUUCUUAACAUAAUAAACAAGUACUAACAUUAUCAAUUUGUAACCAUCAAACCUAAUAACUAUAAUAAAACAUCAUCUACCUCAAAAUCAAUAUUUGAUGCUUCUUAGUCUGCUCCAUAAUCAACUUUGAUUUUUCUACAAAUCUAGUCAUGCAAACUAAUAAACAUACAUACAUAUUUAUAAAAUACUUAAAAAAUAUUUAAUCAAAAUUGUUGUGUAAAGAUAUGAUUCAAUUAUCAAUCAAUCAAAAAAUUUAAACAAAAAAUUAUUAUAUUCUUAACAUAAUAAAUAAGUAAUAAGCUAUACAAUAAAAUAUUUGUUAUAUAUCUAAUUCAAUGAUUUUUUACUCAAUCUCGAUUGAUAAGCUAUUAACUGAUGGCAAAGAAAACAAUUAACUAAUUAGUUAAAUACAAUCAAAUAAAAUUAUUAUUUUAGAAAAACAAAUUAGUUUACUAUUUUUACAGAAUAUAUCAUGUGUGCAUAGAUGAACUUUGAUUGACUUUAUUUGUGUUUGAUCAUUUUUAUGAAUAUUGAGUGUUAUAAAAUCAUUACUAUUUCAUAAACAAACUAAGAAUCUUAUGGAUUAUUCUACAGAAAAACAAAAAAAUGUUACAAUGAAAAAUGACAAAUAUUAUUAGAAUGUUAUAUUUUCUUACAAAUAAACUUCAUAUAUAUAUAUAUAAAUUUACAUUAAUCAUUUUACAUUCGACUCCGAUAAAUAAAAUAAAAAGAUCAUACAUAAACUGUUCCAUUAAAUUAAAUAAAACAAACAAAAAAACAAGAAUA